UAUGAACGAUAUGCCACAUGUCAAACUUGGACGUCACUUAGGUUUGCCUUUGUCAUUUCAGUGCCAGGACUCCUCUCGACAUGUGCAAAACAAAUCCCCCCCAACACCGUCUCGCAGGGGGACCAUCCCUGGCCACGCCCCCAAAGACCUCUGUGAUUGGUUUAGAGAACCAGAAUGCAAAGCAGCCAGUGCUGACACAGCGCUGUGGAGAUAUGGCAACGCAAGACUGAUUUCCUUUUUUGUUGAUGUGACAUGUAGCAGCUUUUAAAGGCACAUUACAACCUGCGAGAGGCCGUCGGGUCACGUCGAACCCUCAGCUGACUCCUGCUCACAGUGACCUCAGCGCUCGGUCCUCUGCACAGGUUCUCAUUACGAAGCCCUGCUAAGCCCCUCAUCUCUUUCUCAGCACCAUCAAAGUUAAGUGUAAUAAGGAAAAAAAUGUUUGCCAUCGAUGCCAAACGCCUGGAAUAAUUUGAAGCAGAAGACAGAAUAUGAGCUGAUUAUCCUCUCCUCUGAAUUCUCUUCCUCCUCCGUGACCGCUCGCUUCCUGGCCAUCAUUCCAUCUGUCUGUCUGCUGUGGAUAUCCAGUAUCUUCAGUAUGUCCAUGAGGUGCCAGCCAGAAGUCAUCUGACUCACUUCCCUCCAUGUAAACAACAUCAGCGAUAUGUAAAGUACCCAGCUGUGAACAUAAUCUGUGCUGGUGUCAGGGGAGGUGAUGUGAUCAGUAUAUGGCUCAGGCACACUGUGGCUGUUGAGCAGGAGACAGUAUGACAGAAUCAAUCAAUAUGCAAUGUGUUUGCAUUCGAGUGACAAAGACUUCAUGAUUAUGCCUGGAGCAAAGGAGGAAGUCAGGUGACAUUACAGAGCAACAAAGACAAACACACUCGUAUGUGUCAAUCCAUCAGAGAAUUACAAAACAAGUAUGUUGUCGUUUAAUUUUGUUUCGGUAACAACAAAACAGUUGGCUCAACCUGGUGACCGGCAACAUGCAAAGAGAACGCCAAACCUAAGGACGGGUUUAAAAGGAAAAGGACUUUAUUCACAGAUAAAACCAGAAUUUAUCAAGCAAAGCUCUGAAAGUCUGGAGACCAGAACAAAAAGGAUCCAGCCUGUAGGACCAAGAACUCCCCUCCCUGAACCUUUAACAAGCUGCGUAAACUCAGCUAACAAACAAGAGAUGAGAAACAGGAGAAAUAAAACACAGAAAGGUCAAAAAGUGACAAAACUGUCUGAAAAGAGAGAUUUACCCCCAAAUUCCACCAGGUCCGUGUUCGGGUCCAUGUUCGGGUCCGUGUUCGGUCCGUGUUCGGUCCGUGUUCGGUCCACCACGGCAGCACUGUGUUCAGCUCCGCUGGCUCCUCGUAUCUACUCUGUUGCAGCUCCGGCCGUCUGCCACUAUUUUUGGAAAUCAGACACCGAAACAUCAUCAAAACAUCCGGAACUCCUCAGUGUCGCUCCAGCUUGUCCGGCAGUGAUGCACCGGUGGAGCUGUUCCACACUGAGCUUCCCACCUCGUGUCUCAUUGGACGCCAGCCUGCAGCUGGGACACGAUGUUACAUCUCUGAACUUUUCACGUCCGAACAAACAAACAAACUGGGUGAACGACAAAAGCCUCCAGCUCAGUCUGGUCCGGUCUGACGUUAUUUUUAAUUCAGCCGGGGGAAAAUUAGGUAAUUUGAUUUUGACAGUCUGUCUUUAUUCUGUAGCUGCCUCUCACGCUCUCACCCCUCAGUCCAGCUGCUCAGGUGCAGAUGUUGAAGAGGACUUUCCAACGAGAAAUGGAAAUGUAACUGGAGUACGACAAAAUAAAAGUGCUGUGAUGAAUCCAGAUCAGAACAUGGUGUCACCACGUCCAGAUAACGUGACUGUUCUGCAUCUCAAGGUCCUGAACUGAUGGCAGCUCACACUGUGUGACUGCUGGAUGUGACCCUGUAAAUGUACACCAGAGACUUGGUGUUCCUCCAUAUUCUGUAGACUCAG